ACGCGUUUUGUCAGAGCAUGGCCAGCUCGAAGUUGACUGGUUUGUGUGAAUCCCUAUGGAUUUCACAAAUCCAGACACGCCCAAAAGGAAAUUGAUUAGGAAGCUGCAGAGAUGAUGGAACACCCGUGUCAUAAUCAACUAGAUCCUCUUUCUUACAAUCCCAAUAUGGUGCCCCUCUCCUUGCUUUCACACAUGCAAUCCUCCAUUUUAGUGCACCCUUAUAGCUACAGUUCUUCAUCUCUCAUAAACAAAAUCACCCGAUUGCACAAGAAGAAGAAACAUAGCAGGCUCUGGAUCUUAUGCUACAUAGUAGCUUCAAGUAUAGAGAGUUUAUGUUUUUCUGAUCACGUUUCAAAUCACAUUCAGUGAUUUAUCAUCAAGAAAGAAAGUACAUUCAGCCAAGAGUGGUGUGCUCAAUGGUGUGAACUCAAAAGGUGGUGUAAGCAUUUGUCAAAUAGGGCUGUUUCCUUGAAGGUGCAAUUUGCCAGGGCUCUUCUAAAUCUGAUGGUUGCAUUCAUUCCAGUGUAUUUAGUUGACUGGUGUGCCCAGACUUUCAUUUAGUACAAGAUCUUAGAAGUUUGACUGUGGCGCAUUUUCAAUUGUGUUUAAUACAUUGCAGUAGCAGUAAUGCAUUCUUACUAAGUAGGUACAUAGAUUUGUCAGAGGCAAUCCCAUUUAGAGUAAGUUGAUAAUAACAGGGCUCCUACAUUUGACCAAAGGGGUGGGUCUCAUUUGGUUCAUUCUCUUGUAUUUAGUCGCCCAUUUAGCUAGAUUUAGAAUCAAUUGAUCAUUCAAGAAGGAUUCACAACAGAAUGCAGCAGCAAUCCGAGGUUCCAAGUCUUCUCCAAUUUAGAUCUAAUGAAGAUGACAUGUUCGAAUACGAGGUCGAGAAGUCCUAUAAAGGGAGCCUUGAAAGUAGAGAUCGGUCGAAUGGGUCCGGAGGGACAAGGCAGAAUCGGUCGAAGAGAAAAACCCAGGAGAUGGGGAAGAUUCAUUACAAGGGUGUUCGGAUGCGCAGUUGGGGAUCAUGGGUUUCUGAGAUUCGGGCUCCUAAUCAGAAGACCCGCAUCUGGUUAGGAUCCUAUUCAACUCCAGAAGCUGCUGCCCGGGCUUAUGAUGCUGCCCUGGUCUGCCUCAAAGGCCCGGGGGCAUCGACCAACUUUCAGGACUCUGCAGAGCUGGUGGAAAAUCUCAUGGUCGACCGAGGGGCUAUGUCUCCCAGGUCGAUCCAGAGAAUUGCAGCUGCAGCUGCAUGCCAGAGCAAAGGUGAUAUUUUGGGUUCCAACCUAGCAAAUAAGUCCAUGCCCAUUUCGCAGACCAUUUCGAUCGGAGAACAGAGCAGUCCUGAUGGUACCAGUCGACAGACGUCGACACCCUUGCAGAACGAAACUAAAGAAGAAUCGUCUGUUAUAACUGCUGUGGAGGAUUAUUAUGCUUCUGCUGCUUCUUCGUCGACCUGGGUCGACCAUGAGUCGAUAAGUAUUUCAUCUCCAAAAGCUUCGACAUUCGACCUUAUUCAGUGCAGCUCUGCAAUGUUGUCGACAGUCGAUCCCUCGACCUCGUUCUGCAGCAAUUGGGUUGAGGAAUACAAUGAUCACGAUCAAGAGAUCAUUCGGCUCUGGAGUUUCAGCUGAAAGAUGAUCAAAUCUUACUAGUGAAAGUGCAAAUUCAAUAUUUGUUUAUUUGUUAAGAGUUACCCAAAUGUUUAUUCGUUGUAAUUUAUUAUAACAAUAAUAUUAAUCUUUUUAUCAGAUUCGAAUGUGUAGUUUCAAAUGAAUCUUGUUAAUCCAUGUUUCAUGAAUAAUAGUUCAUAAGAAUUCAUAAUGAAUGAUACAUUUGAUA